AGGUGCAAGUACAGAUUGCGUCAGUGUCAGUCCAAGUGUCGGCGAGGUAGGAGUGUGUGCGGCGCUCGUGCUGCCAUGCCUUUAUUAAAUUAGUAUGUAACUAGGACCACAAAUUGCGAGAGUGUUAAGAAGUCCAUAAGCACCUCUUCGCGUCCAAGAUGGAGGUGACCGGGGCGGACAUCACCUUCUCCCUGCAGCACGGGCUGGUGCGUGACAUCACUACCGUCAACGCUUCCCAGCUGACACUCAAGACCCUCAAGGACCGCGCCUGCGAGUUCAUCAACACCAAGGUAAGCAGUCCCUCCCGUACACCUUGCGCCGUGCCAUCACAGCGCCCCAAGCUGGCCCGUCACCUGAUUCCCGGAGCACAGCCUCAGCAAACUCAACGAGAGACUCAUCUUGUUCCGCCACGACUACGACUCGCCCAACAUCCUGCAGAUCAUCAACGCUGCUUCCGAGGUCACGCAGGACACCCUUGUCGAAAUCGUCAUGUCAGCUCACAACCCUUCAGAUGAGGUCCAGAUCCGGCCCCAUAUGCUCUAUGUCCAUUCUUACAAGACACCCACCUUCUGUGAUUUCUGUGGGGAGAUGCUGUGGGGGCUGGUGCGUCAGGGGCUCAAGUGUGAAGGAUGUGGUCUCAACUUCCACAAGAGAUGUGCAUACAAGAUUCCAAACAACUGUAGCUAUGCGCGUCGGCGGCGAACCUCCGUCAACAUACCCCGGUCCCCGUCAGACUCCCUAAACUCUCUUCACAAUCAGACCUCCCUUGAAGGUGACGCCCCUGUGGUAAGGGACAUGGCUUCCCUCACUGUCACCAACACAACUUCCAGCCCAAACAUGAGAUCUGGUCGCACUUCCUUCAGUGUGUCAGUGGGUAGACCUGUGUGGAUGGAGAAAGAGCUUGCUGGAAGAAUAAAGGUGCCACAUUCUUUUGCAUUGCACAGCUACACAACACCAACUAUUUGCCACUACUGCAAGAAGCUAUUAAAAGGUCUUUUUAGACAAGGUGUGCAAUGUAAGGACUGCAAGUUCAAUGCCCACAAGAAAUGUUCAGAGAGGGUACCAAAGGACUGCACUGGGGAGGCUCCAAGGAAAGAUGACGGUGACACAGGAUCUGACGGUUCCCGGGAUGAGGAGAGCGACAAUGAUGAGUCCCUUACUCCUCCGCACAUAGACCAAGACAAUAAUGAAGAUGAUCGGCCAAGACCAGACAGUCCAUCAACGAGCAACAACAUUCCACUCAUGAGAAUCGUGCAAUCUGUCAAGUAUUCCAAGCGACCGUCCAAGGUGCUCAAGGAAGGGUGGAUGGUACACUUCACUAAUAAGGAUAGCAUGCGCAAGAGACACUACUGGCGUCUGGACACAAAAACAAUAACUCUCUACCAAAAUGAAACCAGCACAAAAUAUUUCAAGGAAAUACAGCUCUCAGAAGUGUUGAAUAUUGAAACUGCCAAGCAAGCCCAUCCAGCAGAUGUGCCACGAGGAGUCAUGCACUGUUUUGAGCUGCGCACUGCCAAUGUGGACUACUUUGUUGGGGAGGAACCAGUUGCUGUGAAAGACAAAUCCCCACCGAUACUAAAUCCUCCAGACUCAGGCGUGGGGAUGGGUCUCGCCAUGGUGUGGGAGAAUGAGAUCCGCAAGGCCCUGAUGCCUGUAACACCGCAGGCCAGUGCCACUCCCACACACCCACAGCAAGUUGGCAUGGACAAGGAGGAGGCCACAUGUAAUGAUAUCUCUCAGAUAUAUCAGAUAUUCCCUGAUGAAGUUUUAGGAUCUGGCCAGUUUGGUAUUGUAUAUGGUGGAGUUCAUCGCAAGUCUUCACGGCAGGUGGCUAUAAAGGUCAUAGAUAAGUUAAGGUUCCCAACCAAGCAAGAGGCUGCCUUGAAGAAUGAAGUGGCCAUCCUGCAGAAUUUGAGUAAUCCAGGUGUUGUCAACUUGGAGAGGAUGUUUGAAACAAAGGAAAGGAUUUUUGUUGUUAUGGAAAAACUGAAGGGAGACAUGUUGGAGAUGAUCUUGUCUUCUGAACGGGGAAAGCUGUCUGAGCGCAUUACAAAGUUCCUCAUAUACCAGAUUCUGACCGCUUUAAAGCACCUGCACAGCAAGAACAUUGUGCACUGUGACCUCAAACCUGAAAAUGUGUUGCUCUCCACUGCAAGUGAUUUUCCCCAAGUAAAGCUGUGUGACUUUGGGUUUGCAAGGAUUAUUGGAGAGAAGUCCUUCAGGAGGUCUGUGGUUGGCACCCCAGCAUACCUGGCUCCUGAAGUGCUGCGCAACAAGGGGUACAACCGCUCACUGGACAUGUGGUCAGUUGGCGUCAUCACCUAUGUCUCACUGUCUGGAACAUUCCCCUUCAAUGAGGAUGAAGACAUCAAUGAUCAGAUUCAGAAUGCUGCUUUCAUGUACCCUCCAAACCCAUGGAAGGAAAUUACCCAAGACGCCAUUGAUCUGAUUACCAACUUGUUACAAGUGAAGCAAAGGAAACGUCUUACUGUGGACAAGUCUUUGGCUCAUAUUUGGCUUCAGGACUACCAGUGUUGGUGUGACCUCAGGGAGCUGGAGAAGAAAGUUGGUGUACGUUACAUAACUCACGAAUCUGAUGAUGCGCGCUGGGCAGCUUACCGUAAACAUGGCUCCUCUCCUCUACGCUCACCCACUGAAGAGGAUGAUGACACUUAACCUGCAUAAUAUUGCUGUUUGGCACCUCAAUACCUUUUAUCAAAUAAUUCAAAUAAGCAUAUUCUUAAGAUAAUGCUUAAUUCCAGUGACUGAUUGCUGUGGGAGAUUGUAAUGAAGUGGCAGGAAGUGGGUUGUUCUAGAUUUAAGUAACUACUAAUAAUUACCAAUGUAUUGUACAAGAGAGCAUGGAUCAUUAGAAGAUAUUGUUCAAGGGAAAGUGAUCCUUGUAUUAUUUUAUUAGCACCCAAAGCUGCAGAUUCCUCUUGUCAGUUUUCUGUAACACAGGAAACCUUAGGGAGUCAGAAGGAUCACUUUAGCGCAAGAGCCUGGAAGAGAUUAAACUUUGAGGUGCACAGAUUACAGAAACUGCACUGUACAUACCUAGGGAUAGCUGGUACAGAUUAGGAUUUGGUGUUUCUUCAAUUCUGUGCUCUCUUGGUCUUGUUAUUUUAGACCUAAAUUAAAUCGAGAAGUAUUAAGUAGCUAUAUUAACUUCUUCAGGAUGUAGGUGUCUUUUAAGGCAGACAUUUAUAUUGUAAUUCUUCUUUGAGCUGCAUUAGCAUUUUGUUUCUUUAUUCACUCACCACACUGUGAACUCCUAUGAUAUAUUUGUUAAUACUUGUACUAUCUCAAAAGGUUGUGUUUGUGCACCUAGUUCCUUUCCCCCCCUUGCUUGGAAUUCUGGUUUUAUUUUUCACCACCAUAAAUAAUGAUACUUAAAAUUUAUAGCUUAUUAUAACUGGUGAUUUAGUCAUAAACAGAGAUGAUAAAAGUAUGAAAUUAAUUAACUGAGCACAGUGACAGGACUGUGGGCAGCAAGGGCUGUGCAAGAAAAUCUUUACAGAUACUCCCCUCAAGGAAAUUUUCCCAGAAUGAGACAUCAGAGAUGCUGACAUACAGCCAAAUAGGGUUGACUUGUAAUAGCCAGAUUCCCUAACUGAGUUUGUUGUGUAUCACCAACACUGAAGUUCCUAGUUGACUUUUCAUUGUAACUAGGGAAACUGCAGAAUGUUACUUGUUUUCUAAAUGCUCAAGAAAGAUGGAUUUUCUGUGAGAAAGCAAUAUUUGCCUCCAGAGCACUAGAAAUCUAAACUAAUAAUCUGAAAAAGCUUGAAUGUGUCAAAAAGAUUAAUGUUAUAUUUUCCUUAAGAAAAUUUGAUUUACAAUAGGGAACUAUGAGUAUUACUGACUUGUGAUCCUCUGUUUUGAUUUAAGUACUGCUGGUGCAGUAUGUAGGGUUUGGGAAUGACACUAAGUGUUGUAAUUUAUGAUUCAUUUAGAACCAUCACUAGUUAAAAGUCUUGAAUAACUCUCUCUCUCUCUCUCUCUCUCUCUCUCUCUCUCUCUCUCUCUCUCUCUCUCUCUCUCUCUCUCUCUCUCUCUCUCUCUCUCUCUCUCUCUCUCUCUCUCUCUCUCUCUCUCUCUCUCUCUCUCUCUCUCUCUCUCUCUCUCUCUCUCUCUCUCUCUCUCUCUCUCUCUCUCUCUCAGGACACACACACACACACACACACACACACACACACACACACACACACACACACACACACACACACACACACACACACACACACACACACACACACACACACAUGUCUCAAACAUGUUCAGUUUUGUAUAAGGAAAAAUACAACAGGAUUCCAGUAUAGCAAAAUAGGUAAAUUAGAACUGCCAAUUUUGAAAGAAUUAAUGUAAUUUUUAAUACAAUAUGCAUAUGUUUUCAAGUUUGGUAUCUAUAACCUGGAGAUCCUUUUCUCAGGUGGACACUAAUUGGUAUCUGUGGUUUACUGUUGCUGCUUCACAUUGCUCAAGAGUCCAGUAUAUCAGUGGCAGUGCUGCUGCAGUACUUUGUCAUCCACUGUACCAUGUUACUUGAACUUAUUCUGUCCUGUGUAUGAUUAGAUCUCUAUUACUCUGUGCCUCCACAAUAUCAUCUCUUGAUCCUUUGUAUGGUUUUUCUCUAAAAACUCUCAACUUCUGGCCUAGGAAUCCUUUUAAUCUGCUUUUGUCCUUAUUCUCUGCAUAUAACCUGACAGUAGGAUGCUUUGGUCUAUCACCUGGCAAGCUGCACAGGUCUCCAAACAUCUCUCUGACUUGGUAAUUUCUCAGUCUAUUAAUCCAUCACUUUCUUGUAAUUAUUUACCUAAGCAUAAUUUCCAAUACAUCAACUCUGUUCCUUGUAACUUUUCUUACUAAUUUAUUGGUUAAUUUAAAUAAAUUUACAAUGCUAUUUGUUUUUCAUAAAAUUAGCAAGAGAAUGGUUUAAGUUUAGCAGUUAUCAUUGGCCUGUAACUUAGUGCCUUAUAUGGAGGUAUAGCAACAAGAGCUGGUGUAAGAGCAGACUUGAAACCAGUACAUUACACUCCCAUCCUACUAUGUAACUCAAAACACCAUGCUAAUUUAAAACUGAAUUGUUCAUCUAAUUUCUCCUCCACCAGCUGUAUUUUGUAUACUCAUUAAGCAUUGAAUGCUGUUUUAACCUGCUGUGUCUGUGCUGUCUUGCCAACUAGGAAGGAUGAUUCUUAUUCAGCAAUUAUGCUCUAAAACAUUUUCUUUGUAUAAAAGAGAAAUAUUAUAUUGUGAAACUUUUAAUACACCCAAUGAUCAUAUUAUGUAUAUGUUAUUUUUUAUUUAUUUUUGCUCUUAGUGUAUUAUAUAAGUUACAAUAUGAACAUUAUUAUCAAAGCAAUAUUAUUAAAACACUAGAAAUGUCAUUUCCUCACCCAAAAUAAUUUUCAAAUUGGUGAUCACAAAGCAGCAUCAACUAGUGUGCAAAUUGUGGACAGAAGCAUAGUUAAUGUAGGUCUAGAUUGUACUAGUAAUUAUUUUGUAUGUAUUUUUAAUGGUGAUGAACCAAAAUAGUAUUUGUUUCAACAGUAUUCUGUAACACUCCAUGAACUAUGAGGGUUUUGUCUAUUUCAGAAGAAGGAAAAUGUCAAUCACAAUCUCAGAUGAAAAAAUAUUAUUGAAAAUCUGACAUGGGACAUGAGAAGCAAUUAUAGCAUACAUUAAUACUGCUGACAGAGGCAAGUAUAGCAGUAGUGAAAUUGAUUACUACCAAUUGAAACCUCCUUUGUUUGUGUACUUAUUAUUCUUUUACAGUUAUUGGGGUGAUUUGUAUCUUACAGUGAAAAUACUCUUUUUUGAGAUGAAUUAUUAAAAGAUAUAAAGGUUGUGCCACUUCAUGAACCACUGGUUCACUCGCACAUGUUCAAAGCAAUUUUUUAUAGUGUAUGCAACAUAAAAAUCUUGUUUGAUCGUAUAAGAAUAUUGCAGGAAAGAUGAACAGCAACUGAUGGAAGUGAAAACUUCUCAUCUGCAGUUAUACAUUUUCCACCUUUGUAUACUAAAUAAGCCAGUUAGGCAAAACAUUUAUUGAAAAAUAGGAUGUAAGAAUUAAUGUAGAGUUGAGUGAAAGAUUAUAUAUGUUGGUGUCUAGUAUGUUGAUGCUGUGAAUAUUUUGCUUAAUAAAUAAUGUAGGUCAUUAUUACAUAUUACAGUUCUUAUUGGUAUCUUUUAAAUCUUUUAUCUAUGAUAAGUUCAGUAUUUCCUAAUGAUGUAUUUUCCACUUAAGGAAUAAGGAAUUGUCCUUUGCUUAGUCAUGAUAUCUUGUGAGUGAAAAUGCAAGAAGCUUAAAAUUUGUGAUAUAUAUUUGUAGGUGUAUAGCAAUAAAUUUUUUGAUGUUUGAUAAUGAAGUAAUAUGAAAAGACCAGCAUUCAAGUUUAUUAACAUAAAAAAGAAAAAAGAAGAAACCAAUGCUCCAUUCUAUUCUUAUGGUUUAUUACAGGUACCUGAUGCAGAUCAGUCUGUGCUCUAGAUAUUUCUACUUUCUGUCCUUGCAGAGGAUAAAAAAGGACAAUUUUUUUUUAGGGAUUCAAAGUAAUUGUUUGUAAAACCUUGAAGUACAUUCUUGUUAAAAUUGUCAGUGCAGUAUGUUCUAAACAUUUUUUUUUCUUUUUUUUACUGCAUGAGGGCUGUUGACAGACUGACAGCUUUCAACUGAAGUGAAGUUCAUUUGUUGUAAAAAUCAAAUUAACUUGAACACCAGUCUCCAACCUCCUUUAAUGUGACUGAGAGUAAGCAUAAUCUUUUGGUCGUAAGGACUCGCUUCUCACCACCAGCACGUUGUAUUCCCCAGAUGCAGCUUUUUAAUGCCAAUAAGAAUUUUUUUGAAUGGUGUGAUGUGUUUACUGUGAACAUUUAUUUUUCAUCUCAGUUUUUCCUCCAUUAUAAUCAUGUCUGAUGUUUGCUCCUUUUGGGGAGCCUUCUGAAAGGGAUUUUUAAGAAUAAACAAAAAAAACAAGAAAAUUCUGUAGUUUAUAUUAUUGGUAAACUGUCCAAUCAAUCCCCACCAGUCCCUCACCCUUCCCUCAUUUUAUUAACAGGCUGUCACAUGAAUUCAGGAAUGAGUUAUCCUUAUUUAUUCAACCAUAAAUAUUAUCAAUCAGUUAUGGGUUAUUUUUUGCUGUGUCAUGGCACCUUACCAAAAUGGGGGAUAAGGUUAAGUGCUCAAGUUAAUUUGAUUUUGCUAUUGUAUAUCAUGUUAGUGACAUUAUUAAGUGUAGAUGACUGAACAACUAGGUAUUGGUUGUUAAAUGAAACUCAAAAUCUGUGGCUCAACUCAGGACAGUGUUGUUGAGGAUAGUGGAUCAGCACCAGCCCCAAGAGUUUUCAGAUUCCAGUUGUCUUGUGCAUUACCAUGAUUGUACCUAUGGUUAAAGAAUUAUGCAUGUCUCCUUGAUAUUCAUAUAAUUUCUUGAUGCAUAACCCUACUCAUCAGUUCACAUAAAAUUGGUUGAAUAGGCAUGAAGUGUAUGGCAAUACUUCGCCAGUGAUAAUCUACAAAAUAGAGCAACAUUGGCCAACCUUAAUGUCCAUUUGGUUGUUGUUUUAUUAUUACUGUUUCCACAAAUUAUAUUUUAUCUCUUAUCUGUAAUAAUUAUCAUCUCUGGGCUUCCGAUGACUGAUGUUGGUGUGUAGCAGGUAGUAUUAGUGACAGAGGUCAUCCAAAGGUUACUUCCACAACAGUUAGUGAGGUUUGGUUAUGAAAGCCAUCACAAGCUGUGAAUUUUAUAUGGGAAUGUAUAUUUGCUUUUUCUUUUGACUGAAAAGUUCCCCACACAUCCAGGUGGGGAUGCAAGUGUGCAGCCAGGCAGGUGCCCUGGCAAACCAACAAAGUUAUUAUUCAUGUGGUAUAUUUACCACCUUAUUAUUAUUAUUAUUAUUAUUAUUAUUAUUAUUAUUAUUAUUAUUAUUAUUUUUAUUAUUAUUAUUAUUAUUUUUGUUGUUAAUGAUUAUUUUUUAGGUUCACAUACACUGUCCUUGCAGCUACAUCCACAUGACCUUAAAUUAAUUGUAAGUGGUACUGCAAAAUACCUAAAAUGUAAUUUUCACUCUAUAGUUUAAGUUUCAUAACCCAAUACAUUGAAAGUGGAUUUUGUAUCUUCUAAAUCAUUGCACAGUUUUAUUGUAGCAAUUAACUGCCAUUUUAUGAAAUCUCAAUUUUGAAUUAUAAGACAAAUAGUAGGACUGAUAGUAGCUAACCAUCAUGAUGUACAUGAGUGUGCUGGGUGGGGUGCUAGUGUGCAGAGUAUGAUGUACACACUUUCUGCCAUCUGCAACCACCCACACUGCAAGCUUGUACAUUCCACAAAUACUACAUAUACAUUUGCACAUGUCACACUCUUUGUAAUUACUUAUUUUGCCAAGCACACUGUGAUGAAGUUCAUCAGCACUGUUUUGGCAGCACAGUCUCUGCUUGGAUUUAAGUUAGUAAGUCAUGCAUUUCUGUAACUCGACUUCUGAGUUAAGCUUUUUUCUUGCUUACCUGUUGUAGACAUUCCUUGAUGCCUUCAUAAGAGUUGGUUCAUGUACUUAGAGUGUA